CCCACACCACAUCGCAACAAAAACCGCCUCUUUGGCACAAUCACGAAUCAGGAUCACGAUCAGCAAUGGCCAAAGGCGACGACGCAGUGAGCAGGAAGAAGAAUAAACUGACCCGAAAGAAAAACAGGCAAAAGGACUCUUCUUCUUCACUCUCCAAUCGCGUGGCCGCCAUUGUCGCCGCCAAAAAGCGUCGACAGACCGGCAAACGCCGCCUCUGUCAGGGAAUGUGUUUUAGCCUGCCUACUCCCGAGGAUCCCUUUAAUGAGAGUCAUGGGAAAAUGGAUUCUAAAAUAAGGGAAACCAAGAAAGUUGUGCCUCCCAAAGUGGAACGUAGAGUGGCUUUUAGUGGUAAUGGUGUUGCAUCAAGAAUAGAAACUAAAUCAGAGCAGCGAGAGAACAGAGUGAUCAAGUUGAAGAAUUUGGAUAAUGAGCACAGAGUCUCACUCCCAUCCAUUGACAAUAUGGAGUUGAAAAAUGUUCUCAAGCCUGAAAAGGUGAGGAUACAGCUAAGACAGACUGGAGGUGACUGUGCUAAAGAUGAACAGGCCCUUAACCUUUCCGAUUGUCCAACCAAAUACCUAAUUCUAUGCUUGAAUGCUAUUCAAGAUGCAUCAAGGCAUGAUGGAUUCUUCAUUACUGAAGAGGACAAGCCUUUGUUUGCUGACUCUUGGGGAAUUGAGUUUUGGAAAUUUUUUUAUUCAGCUGGAAAUAACAUAAUGGAGAUAAGUGGCAUUUGUUCUACCAUAGAACAAAUAGCCUGGAUAGCUGCAACUGCUGCUGAUAGCAUUGCGAGAAAGGAGAAAGAAGGUUUAUCAGUGAUAACUCCAUUUCUUUUAUUUCUCGUACCUUCUCAAGAGAAAGCAAUUAAGGUACGAUCUGUUUGCAAACCUCUGAAACCACUUGGAAUACAUACUGUGAGUCUGCAUCUUGGUACCUCCCUGGAUCACCAAAUUCGUGGGCUAAAGAGUUGCGAGCCAGAGUUCCUUGUGUCUACCCCCGAGAGACUUCUGGAGCUCGUAUCUUUGAAGGCCAUCGAUCUAUCUGGAGUUUCCUUACUGGUUGUGGAUGGACUGGAAACGCACGUAAAAGUUGGCCAUCUCGACAUGGUCAAAUCCAUCAGGCGAUCCUUGGCGGCGAGCACCCGCACUGUGGUCUUCAAUGAUGGCUUGAGCAAUGCAAAUGCAGCAGCUGCAGCAGCCUCUCUGGGGGAUUGAUUGAGUGAGUGGUGGAUAGCCAUCAUGGGCAAUUGCCGCCAGUGAAGGUCGUCAAGGAAUGAAUGUGUGCAUGUUGGGGAAAAGCAAUGAAAUGCCAAAGUCUAUUUUUCUUCAAGGUGCAAACAGUGUGCACCAAAUACCAAGUGUAUCCAUAACCAUUGUUGGUUUGGCUUCUAUGUUCCUUCCCCACUUUAAAGCUCUGCAAAAAUCAGAGUCGUAGUUUUUAGGAAAUCAAAAUUGUUAUUUCUUGAAAAAAAAAAGAAAAGAAUAAUGCCAUGAGAUUAAUUAGGUCUUUGGGUAAACCU